GAGUUUUUUUGUUUAAAGAAUAAAAUGUAUAACAAACUCAGAGCUUGAAUGGUAUCUGUAAUCAUAUGGCUCACAUGUGAUAGGAGACUCCAAAUAUGACUCUCUUAACACGCUGUCAGCUUCCUGUGAGAGUAGGACACCCAGAGAUGAAGUAAAAGCUGUUCCUGCAAGUCUGAACAAAAUAGGAGAGUCAGGUGUUGUGGCCUAUGCCCCUUAUCUUUGAAGGGUAGUAUUUUCAUUACUUUUCAUUUCCUCUUUUAAGGUGGAAGGUUUUAACUUUGGAGGAAAUUGCUACCCAUUAAAAUCCUCUGCCUAGGGAAUGGUACCACCAGUGGGAGGCUCUUUCCACCUUAAUGCAAUAUAGAUACCUCACCCACCCAUUAGCACCCCUCCCUUGUUUGUUUUGAGGCAGGGUAUCUUCAUGCCCUGGCUAUCCUAGAACUCACUAUGUAAACCAGCCUGGAACUCAUGGAGAUCCACCUGCCUCUGCCUCUCAGGUGUUGGGAUUAAACUCAUGUGCCACCAUGCCUGGCCCCAAAUGCUAAUGUUUUUUAAAACUUUAAAAGUUCAUCAUAGAGAAAUAGUUCUGCAGUUAGGGCAUUUGCAGAGAACCCAAGUUCAGUUCCCAGCACCGACACUGGGUAUAACUCUACCUGUAGAGGAUCCAAUGUCAGCUGUGGACCUCAGUGUGCAUCUAUGCAUAUGUGGAAUAUGCACACAAACAAACACACACAUAAAUAAAAAUACAUCUCUUUUAAAGGUUCAUUGUAUGCUUUAUAUUUGCAUACUUUAUGUCACAAAGGUGUCUAUCUAUAGAAAAUUCCACAUUCACUUAAGAUAAUGUUUGUGGGCUGAUGAACUGGCACAGUGUGUAAUGGUGCCUGCUACAUAAGCCUGGCCACCUGAGUUCCAUCCCUGAAAUGCAUGUGAGAUUGGAAGGAGAGAAAGACUCCAUAGUGUUGUUCUCUGCCUAGACACACGCUUUAUCAUCAUCAUUAUUAUUAAAAAGUCUGAAGGUGUUUGUGGCAGCACAGUUAACUACUGUAGAGGUAAGCGGCAGACACUUAAGGCUAACGCAUGAGCAGAUGGGGUCAAGAAGAGAGCGGACACUCUUGUGAGAGCGCAGAGAGCCCUAGCCCUGGAAGGCUUAUUCUUAGGUACUAAGUUUAAAACUUGAUGUAAGUUCUCUAGUCCUCUUAACAGACUGAUUUAAAGCUCCAUUUCUUCACUACGAAAAAAAAGUCAAGAAUAUUACUUCAUAGUUUUAUUGUAAGAACCAUCUGUGGCAUUGAAUGACAGAGCCCACCACAGUUACUCUUGUGAGUGUGUGUGUGUGUGUGUGUGUGUGUGUGUGUGCACUUCAAAGUAAGCCACAAGAGCAGGGAUAAAAUUAUUUAAUUAUACUUGUAUGAGUUUAACGAGAACAGCCCCAGAUAGAAAGCUAUUGUUAGGUUAAAGGGGAAAUGAAAAGGGUAUGAAUGAACUCCUUAUCCUGUGAGCUCAAAAAAAUUAAAUAAGGCGCAGAAGCUGUCAGAACCAAAGGACAUGCAUGUUGUUAUUCGAUGUAAUAAAUCUGCUGAGGCAAGGAGAAACUAUAAGCCUUGAGAUAUCACAGCAUCUGUCACAGAGUCAUACCUGGGAACUGUUUAUCACUGUGACUUCAGAAGUGACUUCAGAACAGGAUGCAGUUCUAGCCCAUUCACUCUUUUGUGUCAGCAGAACACCUACUGUGGGCCUCCAUGGCUACACUGGGCUGGAAUUCAGGGGGUGGCGAUUUUCACUGUCCUUUCUGUCCUCUAUAAGGACCUGUCCAGACCUGUUCUUAGUCCCGUAGCAGCCUGCUUGCAGGAGCCCCUCUGAUCACCCACGUACAUUCUCUGAGGACUUGCCUCUUCAUGUGGACCCUAGUACCCCUAGCUCUUUACCAUAGUCCCUCUUAGCCUUUCCUCCUAGCCCAUCUACAGUCCUUUCUUCACCCAUUACCCUACAGAAGCACUGUCUACCAGAGGCCCACUGCCACCACCCCUGCUCAGUAUCCAGAGAGGGUAACAGCAACCAGAGAACAGAAAACCCACCCAACAAAGACAAGACCUGAUAUGGACACCAACACAUUGUAGCUCCAGAUGCAUAGGUCCUGGUACAAAACAGAAACAUAAAUAGCCAAGAUACUGUGCCUCUACCAGAAGCCAGUGACCCUGUUACAGUAGGCCCUGAGAAAUGCAAUAUAGCCGAAACCUAAGGAAAGGCCCUUAAAAUGGCAAUUAUGGAUAUAGUCAAGGAUCUUAAGGAAGGGAUGAAUAAAUCCCUCAACGAAGUCUGUGAAAAUAGAAACAGUUGAAUGAAAUAAUGAAAACAAUUCAAGAUUUAAAUGGAGAAUUUAACAAAGAGUCACUAAAGAAAACGCAAACUGAAAUGAAACGUUUAGCAAGUCAAACAACCUCAGACUUAAGCCUCACCAUCAAAGUUCAGGACAUGAGAAAGAAUCGCGGGUGUCAAAGACAAGGGAGCAGAGAGGGAUAGCUCAGUCAAAGAAUGCCAGAUCUAAAACUCAAGCAAGAAGUCUGCGGUUAACACAGAGCUAUUGUGACUUGGUACUGAGUGGGCCGUGCUGGGAACUGAGCAGAUGUGUCUGCGUCAGUGUUUUGGAAGCUGUUACGUAGUUCUAGUUUCGCAAUAGCUGAUGACAUCGUGAUUCACUUGCCAUAUCCCAAAGAGCAUUUGAUGUACAGAGAAUAAAAUAGUUUUGAAAUGUGUCAUUUCUGACCAAUUGGCAAUAAAUAUCAGGAACGCUACGUGGAAAGAUUCUAAGACCAGCUCUUUGUCCAUCAAUCAGAGGGCUGAACGCCUGGAGGUGUGACUCAGAGGAAGCAGAGAGCGGUGAAGAUGAGGAUAUUGUUGGACCAAUGCCUGCAAAAGGACCAGUUAACUAUAGCGUCACGACAGAGUUUGAAAAAAGGGCCCAGAGGAUGAAGGAAAAAUUGACCAAAGGAGAUGAUGAUUCAUCUAAACCAAUUACAAGAGAGUCCUGGAUGACUGAGCUUCCACCAGAAAUGAAAGAAUUUGGUCUGGGGCCAAGAACCUUUAAGAGAAGAGCAGAUGACAAAUCCGGAGACCGAUCCGUCUGGACAGACACCCCAGCUGACCGGGAGAGGAAAGCUAAGGAAAUACAAGAAGCAAGGAAGUCAUUCAGUAAGAAAGAUGAAGAAAACAUAUUGUCAGGAAGGGAUAAGAGACUGGCCGAGCAAGUAUCCUCAUACAAUGAAUCAAAAAGAUCAGAAUCCCUCAUGGACAUUCAUCAUAAGAAGUUAAAGAGUAAGGCUGCUGAAGAUAAAAACAAGCACCAGGAGAGAAUACCAUUUGACCGUGAUAAAGAUCUCAAGGUUAAUCGGUUUGAUGAGGCUCAGAAAAAAGCCCUAAUAAAGAAAUCCAGAGAACUAAACACCCGGUUUUCACAUGGCAAAGGCAACAUGUUUUUAUAAGUAAGUGUACUUCAGUGAGGUACACUUAUACUGAUCAGCCUGAACCCCUCAGAAUAUACCUUUGUCAAUAGUAAUUAUGUGCACAAAUACGUCUCCUUUUGUAUAAAGUAGAUUCAGGGUCUACAUUUUUAUAAAUUGUGACUUUUGAAAAGUUGGGGGAGGGGAGAUAGUGGGAAAAAAAAGCUUUGUCUUCACAAUAGCCCAACAGAACAUUGCUACUAGAAAAGGGUUUCAAUGAAGAGAAAGGGCUCUUCACAGAGUGUGGUGUGCAGCUUGAGGGGUCAUGUGGUCCAUUAGGGGCAUUUGUGUGUGUUUAAUUGUUCACUUGCUUGUUGAUUUUUGAGACGGGGUCUCACUGUGUAACCUUGGCUGGCCCAGAACUCACUGUGUAUACUACUAGCAAGCUGGCCUCAAACUCCCAGAGACCCACCUGCCUCUGUCCCCAAGUGCUGGGAUUAAAGGUGAGUGCCACCAUACCGUUCUUUGAACAACAUUACAGUUAGAAAAACAUGCAUUGCUCCAGAAGGCCUCUGUAAGUUGAGUGUCAGCUGGUACGCCUUAAAUAUCCAUAAUCCCAUGGGUCCAUCUAUGAGAGUCUGGGAUGUUGGUUAAGGAAUUGUGUGAGAGCUGAGGAUGCUUCUUAAGUUCCUCGUGAUUUGUAGUAUCAUGAAAUAGAUAUCGAUAUUCAGGUGUGAUUUUAAAGGAUAAUAUGAACUUUAAAAUGUUUUUCAGCUUACUGCAUUGUUACAUAAGAGAGAUUUCCCCGUGUGAUGUUUGUCUGGCCACCAUAAUUUGUUAGAGAAUGAUCUUUAAAAACAUAUAAAUUUGCCAUGGUCUGUAUCCUUUAAAGUACUAUGGGGACAGACAAUCUGUGUUCUUAUAUAGAAUGGAAUGAUUUUGGGUGUUCUUGGCUUUUCUUCAUGUAAUUAUUUUAAGAGUCCAUCCCCACAAUACUACAGCCCCUAAUUUUUUAUGGUGUCUUACAUGUUUCCUUAGUUCUGGGUGAGACUGUAUACUCUCUACCACAGUCUGGACAUUUUUCUUCAAAUAUAUUUAACCUGCCCUAGAAUCAUUGUGUCAGGCUGUCUUAGUUAGGGUUUUACCUCUGUGAACAGAUACCAUGACCGAGGCAACUCUUGUGAGGACAUUUAAUUAGGGCUGGCUUACAGGUUCAGAGGUUCAGUCCAUUAGCAUCAGGGUGGGAGCAUGGCAGCAUCUAGACAGGCAUGGUGCAGGAGGAGCAGAGAGUUCAACAUCUUCAUCUGAAGGCUGCUAGCAGAAUACUGUUAGGAUGAGGGUCUUAAAACUCACACCCACAGUGACACACCUACUCCAACAGGCCACACCUUCUAAUAGUGCCACUCUCUGGGCCAAGCACAUACAAACCAUCACACAGGCCCUUGCAAAUCCAUCAAUUUUAAAUUUCUUAGCUUGUCUUCCAAACUGAACCUAGUCUAUACAGAGCAUGGGGGUUUGUCCUUCCUGCUGUUGUAUUUAUUUAGUUCCUGUCAGGUUAAUUGUUUUUAUUGGUUUUAAGGUAAAGAAGCUGUUUGGAUUAUCUCAGGUUAAGGAAAUAUUGUGAUUUUAACAGUAAAUAUUUGUAGGGGAGGCAAUCUGAAGGACAUUAUACUCACCUAUUCUCAUUCAUGUGAAGUCUAGGAUGCUGUCUUCAUGGUCUCACCAAAGCUGCCUGCAUCUUGGAACGUCACAUGUGAUCAUCUGAUUCAUAUAUGUAUAUAGCACUUUGUAUCUGGUUUACUGGAAUAUUAAUUCUGGAUGGCUUUUAAAAAUAACCAAAUAAUCACUGGAAAUGGGGAAUCUGUACUCGCAACCACCCAGUGGGAGUAUUAUAUGGUUUAGUGCUGUAAGCAAUGCCUCUUGAGCUGUUAAACAGACACUCCUAAUGAGGGAGAGAAAAGCUAAAUGCGAAUUCUGGGCAUUUCUAGCAGGUUUUUUUGUUCUGCCGACUCUGUAUUCUAGUUUUCACAAAGCAUAGAGUUGUAAUGGGAAAAUGUUUUGAUUCCCAAUUCAUGUGAACUUUAUAAAAAUUAGGCAAACUGUUCAAAUUACAAUAUAAAGUAUUUCUUAAUAGUGGCACAAUUUUUAUACUGGUAUAAACAGCCUAUUCAAGGACUGCUGCUUCUUAAAACCUGAAUUAUUUUGAGUAAAUUAAACAGACUUCUUGUCCCCAUAGAUUUAGAUAGAUCUACCCUUUGGCUAAAGUGAAUGGGUUUCUGCAUAUAAAACUUUAUACAAGAGUAUUAAUUCUGACUAGCAUGGUCAUGAGUGCCUUUAAUCCCAGCACUUGGAAGGCAGAGGCAGGCAUAUCUAUGUAAGCUCAAGGCCAGCCUGCUCUACAGAGUGAAUUCCAGGACAUCCAGUGCUGUGUAGAGAGACCCUGUCUCAAAAAUCCAAGAAAAAGGAGUAUUUAUUCUGUCCUUUUCAUAUUGUGAUUAUCCCCCCCCCCAUGAGAGGAAAAUGUUUUUUUAGCUAUUAGAAAACCUAACAUAUUUUGUGAAAUUUGUUACUUUUAAAAGUUAUUAUGUGUAAGUACACUGUAGCUGUCUUCAGACACUCCAGAAGAGGGUAUCAGAUUUCCUUACGGAUGGUUGUGAGCCACAAUGUGGUUGCUGGGAUUUGAACUCAGGACCUUUGGAAGAGCAGUCGGUGUUCUUAACUGCUGAGCCAUUUCUCCAGCCUCUUUUUAAAGUUAAAAUACUAAGAAAUCAAUCAAUUUAAAGGAGGUAGCUGUCGGCAGAGCGUGUACAGCUCUUGCAAAUCACCUGACUCAGUUCCCAGCACCCACACCUGGUGUCCACACUCCCUGUAACUCCAGCUGCACGGGGUCUGACCCCUCUUGGGGUCCAUGGUCAUCUGUGCCCAUGUACAAAAUGACACUCAGACUCAUAACUUUAAAAAUAAUCUUAAAAGUAAAAAUACCACUUCUGGACACUCAUUGGCCUUGCUUUCUCAGUGGAAGGGGUUAGGAAUAUCUGUACUAUGCUUACUAUUUCCUGUGACCUCAGAUAAAGGACAGCCCACCAGAUGUAUGAUUACCUCGCUGGCACCCUGGAGCCAGUGCUAUUUUCUGUUACCCAGAUGACAGUUGCAGUAAAGUAUAUGCCAUUUCCAGGGAGGUUUGGCCACAUGGAGACAUAAAUCUCAAUUAAUAUUGACCAUAAAAAAAUGAAGCAGCUCUGUGUGCAUUACAGAAAGAUGUUCCUCAUAUCAUCCCAUCUUCCAAAGAGCAGAGGCCUGCUGGAGUCCACUGCCCUGACAGUCAGCAUUUCCUAAUAAAAGCAGCCCUGCAACCCCUGGCCAUGUUUUACAGGGAGUGAAGAAGAAAGGAGUUACUAGCACCAGGUCAAACCCUGGUGUCUCACCACUAACGUUGGCCAUCAAUUCCCUGGAUGGCCUUGUCCAGGUCCGACUGCUCAGCCUCAAACAGUAUUCACAUCACUGGUGAGCAGACGGUUGGUUUUAGUAGUAGGGGAAGAUGAGGGACUAAAACAAGAGAGGACCUGGCCAACCCAGGAUAAGACUUUCAGAUUGGCCUCCACAGGGAAAACUGAGCUCUGCUUGUGGGGUGGGGGACAUAGUCUACAUGAGUUUUUUCAUUUAUUUAGCUUUAAGAACACAUUCACUUAUUCAUUUAUCCUUUGUUAGGUGUGAGAUUGCUAUGUGUAUAGAUCUGAGCCUUCCAUGUUUCAGAGUCACAUAAAUCAUUCGCUGUUACAUGAUACUAUGGUUCUUAUGCAGACUAAUCAUGUUGAUACCAUUGUGAAAUACAUGACAGUGGUGCAGAGCUCAUAAGCUCGAGGCCUCGUCCGCUUCCACUUCUCCAUGGUGUUAUUGGUGCUUCUAGAAAAGCCUCUCCAGGGCAUUAUACCUGAGAGGAGGAGUCUACAUCGAGGAAAGUGGCUCCAGAUGAGAGACCACGAAGCACCACCUACCUGACUUCUGCUGCCAUACUGAGGCUUCGUCUGGGCUGCAGAUACAGAGCCUUGUGCUGCUGUAGAAGAGCUUUUUGUUUGGUUGUUGUUGUUUUGUUUACAGCUUUAAAAACCCACUCUAACGGGGCCCAGGCAUGUGGGUGAGCGUGAAGUCCUGGCUCCAUCCCCAGUUCUCAGCACCACCCAGAAAUUGUUUAACUGUGACCAUGGUGUGUACAAGGUUGAAAGGUUGUAUACUCCUUGUAGCCGUUUCAUUUAGGAAAGGCUGCUUUUAGAAAAGGAUCAUUUUGAAGUAUAGUUUUAUAUAUACAUAUAUGAAUAAAAUGUCCUCUAUAUCUGA